AUGAACCUCGAAAAUGGGCACCUCAGCGUGCGACUUAAAGACCGGAGGAUGCCCACGACUACACUGGCGGACUUGCCAAUCGAGCUUCUGAACCAAGUCGUCUCACACUGCCCAGCCACUUCAGUGGGACAUCUGUCAAGGACAUCCAAAUCCUUACAUGAGUUUGUGGAANAAGAAGGCUGGCGGACAUUUACGCAGACUCAUUUUACGAAUCUGGGUACAUCGUCGUAUUGGCGGGAUGCUGCGCAUUCGUUAACGACCCUCUCACGCAACUGGCAACGCCGGGCAUUCCUUGCAACAUAUCUUGCACCUUCGGGUGAUGCCACUGCACUGCCCGCUGGGCAAGCCAUCAAGAAAUGGAGGCGACCAGCUGGUCAGACCAUGGGUUUCCAGCCUGCAGUUGAUAGUUAUGAACAGUUCAUUGGAAGCCGCUGGACAGACCGACGACAAGUUGUUGCAUGGAGUGCUGGUGCAGAGCUCGUGGUGCGCGUAAAGGUGAGAGACGCAUCAACAGAAGAGGCAUACCGGAUUGCAACACCACAGGACAAACGGGACAAGUUCGAAAACAAUGGCACGCGAGUGCGGUGGUGGACUUACAAGCCACUGAGCAGCGUUGAAGGCCGCGACGACAUCACCAGUGUUCGGAUACUCAAGGGAGACGAUCAACCAUCGCGCACAAGUAUCGACAGCAGCGAACAGAUCAUCGUUGGAACAGCCAAUGGAGAUUUGCAGCUUGUAGAGGUGCCGCCUGCUUCGGAAAGUGGUGUCAUCAAGACUUAUUAUGUCACGAAUGGCGUUUCCGUGCGGUCCACAUCAUUGUCGACAGAUGUCGAAAGUACUCAGGACCAACCUCAACACCUGGCUGCUAACCUAUCAGACUCUCGGAUUGCUCUAUAUCGAGUAGACCCCGCUCAAUUCAAAAUCGCACCAGUUAGUGAGAUCAAUGCGAUACCACAGAGUCGCAAGGGUUGUCGCAUCUGGUCAACAAAGUUUCUGGACUCGAGACAUUUGGCUGUCGGCUUAGGCCCAUCUGUGGAACCCAUCAACAUCUUUGAGAUACGUCCAGAGGGCAUUGUUGAGGAACCUGUGAGAAAGAUAGGUCUUACUGGAAGUGCGGAUCAAUUGGACCCAGUCAAAGCCUCUUCGAUAUACCCAAUUGAGCCGUUACUGGAUAUCAAUGGAGGCAGAAAUGGCAAUCUGUUCCUCAGUGGUGGCUACGAUGGCAUUGCAAGACUGCAUGACAUGCGUUCGCCAUCAUCAUUCACAGCUGUCUACCAUGAUCCCACAGAUGACGCCGCCAUCUACUCUCUCCUUUCUCGAGGCAGAGAUCGUGUCGUAGCUGGUGCUUCACGCCAUGGGAUGCUCAAGAUAUUUGACCUUCGUAUGUCAGNNGGAGGCAGCACGUACGACUACGCCGGAGCAUCAGACUCAAACGAUUCAUCCACAGGCGACUGGAACAUCUUCAUCAACCCUCGCGAUAGAUACGUCAACUCGACUUGGAGAGGACCGAACAGCUGGAUGCGCCGAAGUGCCGAAGGCUCUGUCUACAACUUAUCAUCGCCAUCACCAACUUCACCCUUGAUCUUUGCGGGAGUGGAGAACGCCGUUGUCGAGUUCAACUUUUCCUCUGUGCUCGACAAGCAUCCAGAUCCGAUAUUCGUCGGAAGCUCCACUGAGAAGAAGGGCAGACGGGAUAGCGUCCCCUCUUAUCUCCAGCAUAAGCAAGACAUCCUCAAUUUGGCUAUGUACUCACAGGGUACAGACGGCUCGAGAGAAGGCAUGAAAUUACGUACCCAACGUGCCGUGGAGGAGAUGCUCGGUCAAGUUAUCAAUCCCGCUGGCCUAGAUGAGCGCUGGAAGGAAAACACAUAG